AUGCAGAGAAAGAUGGACAGGGGAAAUUGCUCCUUCUUGAACGAAUUCUUUCUCUUGGGAAUUACCAAUAACCCUGAGACCAAAGUGACCCUAUUUACCACAUUUCUGGUCGUUUAUCUCAUCAAUCUUCAGGCAAAUCUUGGAAUGAUCAUUUUAAUUAGGAUGGAUUCCCAGUUGCACACACCCAUGUACUUUUUUCUCAGUCACCUCUCUUUCUGUGACCUCUGCUGUUCCUCAGCAAUUGGGCCCAAAAUGCUCGUAGACAUAUUUUCCAAGAAGAAAUCAAUCCCAUUCUUUGGCUGUGCUCUGCAAUUCUUCAUCUUCUGUAUAUUUGCAGAUUCUGAGUGUGUACUCCUGGCUGUGAUGGCCUUUAAUAGGUACAAGGCCAUCAGUAACCCGUUGCUCUAUACAGUCAAUAUGUCUAGCAGAGUGUGCUCCCUGCUGAUGGCUGGGGUUUAUCUGGUGGGAAUGGCAGAUGCUUUGAUACACACAACAUUAACAUUCCACUUGUGUUUCUGUCAGUCAAAAGAGGUUAAUCAUUUCUUCUGUGAUGUCCCGCCACUCCUUUUGCUAUCUUGCUCGAAUACACAGAUCAAUGAGUUAGCAAUAUUCACCAUUUUUGGCUUCAUUGAACUGAGCACCAUUUCAGGCGUUGUUGUCUCUUAUUGUUAUAUUUUUCUAUCAGUCUUGAAGAUCCACUCUGCUGAGGGGAGGUUCAAAGCUUUCUCCACCUGCAUCUCCCACAUAACUGCCGUGGCAAUUUUCCAAGGAACUAUGCUCUUCAUGUAUUUCCAUCCCAGUUCUUCCUACACAUUAGAUCAAGACAAAAUGACCUCAUUGUUUUAUACCCUUGUGAUCCCCAUGUUAAAUCCUCUGAUUUAUAGCCUGCGGAACAAAGAUGUGAAAAACGCCCUGAAAAAACUAAAAAUUAAAAGUUAA